CUGAGCCUUAAGCCGCCCAGUCAAACCAACAUGUAGAAGCAGCCUUCCUUUGACAAAUUAACAAAAGAAUUAAUGCGAAGUUGUAAGGUGGGUGAUAUGUUGAAAUUUGCUUGGUCUGUAGUUUGAAUUCUUCACCUAUUUAGCACCAUUCCCCCCUCUGCAAUUAGCUCAACAUUUCUGAAAAAGUCUACAUAUUACCUUUCUUCUGGUACUAUAAAUUCAAGAAAAUUCUUUGGGGUUUUCUAGAAUCUCCCAACAUCUCUGAAUCUUCAAUCUUGAUCCUGGGUUUUGCUCAUACAAUUCUGUUGUAUUCCCAAAAGGGAAAAAUUCUUUCUGGGUUUGUUUGGCAUUUGAAAACCUCAAAAACUGGAUCUUCAAUCUUGAUCUUGGGUUUUGCUCAUACAUUUUGUUUCUGGGUUUGUGUGGCAUUUGAAAAAAGCUCAAAACUUUUGAAGCUUUUGGUGAUUCAAUUUGGACUGAGAAAUGGGGGAACCUUCAGAGCUUGGUGGGCAGCUUAAUGAAUCAGUUGUGCUAACAGGAAAAAUCAUGAUGGGGGCAGGCAUUGGUUUGUUCUUGGUGGUGGCAGCUAUAUUCUCCAUCCAUCUUUACACCAGAUGGUUCUGGCGCCGCCGCCCGGACCUCCUUAGCGCCGCCGCCGGCGGCCGGCGGGACGACAGUCAAGAAGUGGCUAUAAGAAUAGCCCUACGCAAGGGUCUGGAGCCCUCAGUGUUGAAGACCAUACCAGAAGUUGAGUUUUGUUCCCAAGAUUUUAAAGAAGGGUUGGAAUGUGUGGUUUGUCUGUGUGAGGUUUGUGAGGGUGAAAAGACUAGAUUUUUACCCAAAUGCAACCAUGGGUUUCAUGUGGAGUGUAUUGACACGUGGUUUCAAUCACACUCCACUUGCCCUUUAUGCAGAAACCCAAUCUCAAACCCUAAUUCAGCACAGCCAGCAUUGCACCCCAUCCCUGGAGUUGCAGCAGCUGCUUCUGCUGAGGCUCCUAAUUUCCCCACCAAUGUGUUGUAUUGGGGGGACGAGGUUCGGGUUAGCACCCUCGGUCCUUGUGUGGACGAGCCUCGUCGGGCCGAGGCGCCUUGUUCAUCUUCGGCUGCAGGAAAAGUAGGAGCAGGAGGUGCUUCAGUUAGUGCUAGGGCAGAGGGGAUGUUGGUGAUUGAUAUUCCUAGGCAGAUUGUGGAUGAUGAUCAAGAAUCGCCUAUGAUCGCGAGAUUGAGGUCUCUGAGGAGGCUAUUGAGCCGGGGAAAGAGGGUUGAUCCUGAUCUUCGUCCUUGUGGUCCUAGUGUUAAUAUAGAUGUAGAACAAGGCGGGAGAAGCGAAAGCUAAUAUUGGUGAACAUAAUUAAUUGGAUUCAAUAUACUGCCCUGAAAUGUAUAGAGGAUUGGCGUUUUGAGACAUAUCACAUAUGGUCAUUCUUUCUGGUAGACGAAUGAAGUCUCCAGUUUUUAUGUUCGGUGAUUCUAUGUUCUUUGAUUCUUGAUGCAGGUCAAAACUCGGUGCUUUGAUCUCUGCAUCCUGUAUAGAUGAAUUGUAGUGGUCUUCUUUAUCGAGAGCAAACGAGCUUCUCCUAGGAGUGUUCGGUUAAGCUCUCCCCGGUGUACAAAUCUCACACUGUGUAUUCUCAACCUGUUACAUUAAUCAUGUGUUUUAUCUCCAAAAUGUGCAAUACAACUAUACAACUUUUCUUGUUUUGGUUCAUUCUAGGGCAAA